AUGCAGUGCUUGAGCAAACGGUGCGACCCAUGGGUGACGUGGAAACAGGACGGAGAGAAAACGGACCUAGGGGUUGAGCUCAUGGGCCACAGAUUGUUCGACGAUUGGUGCGAGGCGACGAAGCAUUGGGAUGCGAGACACGCCACGACCGCGAGACACGCCGCGACCGACAGCACCGGCUUGCGACCCCUGGAUUUGCCGCAGAGAAACGGCUGGUGGUCGCGCGGCGAGUACGGAGGCGUGUCUGUCGCCCUUGGGUUAUCUGCUAUCGCUACAGCCUCACUCGGGUGUCCACUUGUAUAUGUUGGCCCUGUUAUUUGGACGGCCGCAGAAGAGGUGGCCAAGGCCAACCCGGGGCACCGCCCUUCGGAAGAACAGAGCGACCGACAGAGAUUUCGCGUGGAUGGUCUGAGGGUGCUUUUGGUAAACGAAACUCGGGUAGGUGCGGCUACAAGGUGUGUCAUGGACCACGGUGUCAUCGCUGACUACCCUCCACCUUUACCCGAAAUACGCGAGAGCUGA